UCCACAAGGACUAACAUCCCCUAUGCCCUUUGAAUCCCGGAAGUCCAGAACACACCCAACCUGAUUGAUUGCAGCGUCCAGAAUGCUGGAUCGUUGGUAAAAGAAAAAGCAAACAGCAUUUCAACAUGAGGGACCCACUGGCGGAUUGUUCGUACAAUAAAGUAUACAAGAGCCUGAAGGAGAUUGCUCAAAACAGAGAGAAUUUCUGCAAGCAGAUCACAUCCGUUCUUCAGCAAAGGGCCAACCUGGAGAUCAGCUAUGCCAAAGGACUUCAGAAACUGGCAGCCAAGCUAAGCAAAGCACUACAGAGCACAAAGAAAAACUGUCUCAGCAGUGCUUGGGCCUGGGCAUCAGAGAGUAUGAAAUCUGCAGCAGACCUACAUCAAAAACUUGGCAAAGCGAUUGAGUUGGAAGCAAUAAAGCCAACGCACCAAGUCCUGAGUGUGCAAGAAAAAAAGAGAAAAUCACUUGAUAAUGAAGUGGAAAAGACAGCAACUCUUGUUAUUAACAACUGGAACCAGCAAAUCAAGGCUAAGAAAAAGUUAAUGAUGAGUACCAAGAAGCACGAAGCACUUUUCCACCUUGUAGAAAGCUCCAAGCAUUCUGUGACCCAAAAGGAGAAGCAGAAGCUCCUCAACAAACUGAAAAAAUCAACUGAAAAAUUGGAUAAGGAAGAUGAAAGUUACUACCAAAAAAACGUGGCGGGGUAUUCGACUAGACUGAAGUGGGAAAGCACGCUAGAAAACUGCUACAAGAGCAUGCUGGAGCUGGAGAAGGAGAGAAUUCAGCUUUUAUGCAAUAACUUAAACCAGUACAGCCAGCAUAUUUCUCUCUUUGGACAAACGCUGACCACAUGCCACACACAGAUCCACUGUGCCAUCAGCAAGGUGGACGUUGAAGAAGACAUCCAGGCUCUAGUGGAAGAGGCUGCAAUUCUGUCUACAGAAAACAAAUCCGAGUUCCUGCUGACUGACUACUUUGAAGAAGAUCCAAGGAAUACAAUGGAUAAAGAGAGACGGAAGUCUUUAAUAAAACCCAAACUGUUGAGGCUGCAGAGAGACAUUGAAAAGGCCUCAAAAGACAAAGAAGGCCUGGAACAAAAGCUUCAUACCCUCUCCAGCACCUCCUCUUUCUCUGAUGCCAAGAGCCAAAAAGAUGUGGAGGCCUUAAUGGACGAGAACCGCUUGAAACUAGACCUUUUGCAAGCAAACUCCUACAAACUGUCGUCGGUGUUAGCAGACCUGGAGCAAAGGCCAAAGCCCUGCCACCCCUGUAGUACCUGUAUUUUCAAGUGGAAAGAAAAGGAGCACUCUCAUACGUAUGUGAAAAUAUCCCGGCCUCUUUUGACGAACAGAUUGGAGAAAACUGCAAGCAGAGCACCUGCGGGCGGGCAGAACAACCCAAGCUCUUCCCCUUCAGGCUCUGGUGUGUCCCAAGUCGGCAACCAUCUUUACAAGGCUUUGUAUACUUUUCAAGCCAGGCAAGAUGACGAGUUGAAUUUGGAAAAAGGAGACAUUGUGACCCUACAUGAGAAGAAAGAAGAAGGAUGGUGGUUCGGCUCUUUAAAUGGGAAGAAAGGUCAUUUUCCCGCUGCCUAUGUGGAGGAGCUGCCUUCAGUGGCUGGACACACAGCUACGCAGGCAUGAAACAGGACUGGACCCACAGGUGCCCUCGCACAUCCUGUAAAUGAUAUGGUGCAAAUAAAGAGGCACAGUUACCA